GUUGGUAUGUUAAGAUGAGAACUCCAAAAUCUGCUGAAUGAUUUUCUUCUUACUCUAUACAUGUUUCACUUGCAUUCCUUACACAGAAUUGUUGAGUCAAACGGGAAUUAUUGAGAGCAGACAAAAAUGGGGCAGAAGAUAUAUGUGAUGUUCUAUGACUGGUAUAUAUGGAUUACUUGGGCUCUCUCAGCGGCCAUUAUACUGUUUUUAGGACAGAAGACACUAUGGGGUAAAGGUAGAGAUGGAGAUGAUAGCUCAGUGAACAACAAAAACCCACCUGGAUCGACUGGAUUGCGGUUUGUUGGAGAAACUAUCAGUUUCCUUCGAGCAGCAAAUUCACCUCUGCGUCGAAAGUUCAUUGAUGAGCAUGAACUCACGUAUGGGCCAAUUUUCAAAUGCAAUUUGUUUGGAAAAGCAAAAGCAGUUGUGUCGGUGGAUCCAGAGUUCAAUAAAUAUGUCCUGCAAAAUGAGGGAAGGCUUUUUCAGUCCAAAGUCAUGGCACCCACAAGAAAUCUUUUGGGCAAAUAUGGUUUGCCGGAAGUCCACGGAGAACUUCAGAAAAAGAUCCAUGGAACUGCUGUUAAUUUUUUCAGGUUUGGAAAGCUCGGCUCUGACUACAUGGACGAUAUACAAAAAGUUUUCCUCGCCGAAAUGAGUAAAUGGGAAGACCAAAGAGAUAUCCCUCUUGAACACAAAUGCCAUGAGAUGGGUCUUAAGGUGAUAGGGAAAAUAUUGUUGGAUUUACCCUCUACAGAGGAGAUGAAAGAUAUUUAUAAGGCAUUUCAUGAUUUCACAGAAGCGAUUCUAUCCCUGCCUCUCAAUAUUCCCGGAACCUCUUACUACAGAGGAAUUCAGGAAAUUUCUCAUAAAAAAGAUCUACGAGUGUAUGGAGGAGAGGAGAGGGCAUCCAGAUAUGAAACCUAUGGCAUUUGCUGUAAAGUUUAUCAGGAGAAUCCAAGGGCACUGGAGGAGCUCAGGGCUGAGCAUGAUGAUAUCAUAAAGUCCAAAGGAAAACACAUUGAAAAGCUGACAUGGGAUGACUAUGAAUCCAUGAAAUUCACUCAUUGUGUAAUAAAUGAAACCCUUCGAUUGGCUAGUGCUGCCCCGUGUCUAUUCAGACAAACCAUACAGGAUGUUAAAGUGAAAGAUUAUGUUAUUCCCAAGGGAUGGAUGGUGUUUGUUUUAAUAGUAGCCACCAAUUUGGAUGAGAAGUACUAUUAUGAAGCUGACAAGUUCUACCCCUGGCGCUGGCAAAAUGAGGAGCUUUUUGACAAACCAUUUUACAUGCCAUUUGGGGGAGGCAGCAGGCUUUGCCCAGGACUUCAUCUGGGAAAAUUUGAAAUUGCCCUCUUUCUUCAUUACUUCCUCACUAAAUUCAGAUGGGAGCCACUCGGAGUUGAUCAUGCUACCUAUUUUCCUCUUCCUAGCAUGUCAAAGGGCUUCCCCAUUCGGCUGUAUCCUCGAUUGAAAAAUGAGGAAUAAUGAAUUCUACCAGUGUUAUAGGUGUUGUGUUCUUCUGUGUUGGAGGGACUCGGUUGCUUUUAUCUUUAAACAGUGUUUAGUUUCUCAUGAAGUUGAAAUUAUUUAUGAUAA